CGUUACGGUAAGGUGUGUUUGGUUUUAGAACAGGUGGUUCAUUCUGUCGGUCUGCUUGGGUUAAUGCCAUUACAUCCGCUCUUUCUCCCAUUCCUGUUUUCUAAAUAACAAAGUGAAACUAUUUUUUUUUUUGUGGAACAAAAUUAACAACGGAUUUCUCUUUCUCGAAUUCUAUAUCUUACUAAAAGAUCUUUUUGGUGACAAAAUUUGAUUACCAGUUCAAGGAAUUCAUGUGAAGUGUGAUUUUGUGGAAGAAAACAAAAUUGUGAUAAAAAAUGAAGCCAAAAGAUGAGAGUUUUGGCCUUGGACCCCAGCAGAAUGGGUAUCGUUCCGAAUAUGCAACUAUGGAACCGUAUGCUGCUAGUAUCAUUAAAGUCAUCACUCUAAGAAGAAGGGGUACAGCUCCGCUUGGAUUUUCAAUCCGUGGAGGAUGGGAACAUGGAACAGGAGUAUUUAUAUCAGAGAUCGUUCCUGGAUCCAUUGCUCAAAAACAAGGAUUAAGAGUUGGUGACCAAAUUGUAAGGAUAAAUGGCUUUAGCAUCCAUCGUGCAAUCCAUAUGGAAGUUUUAAGCCUACUGAAAACUUGUCCGGGAAUUGUCCUUAAAAUCAAACGUGUCGGUAUAUUACCAGUUAAAGAACGUGACAAAGAUCCGGUCACAUGGAAAAUAGUUGAACCACAAAAUCCCUUAAUAUGCUCUAAUCAAGUAACUCAUUCGCGUGUGAAUGGCUCUACUUCGGAGAACAACAUCAUUGUAAAAGUCGAAAUAUGCGUGCCUGGUUCGGCAAGCCUCGGUUGCAGCAUUGCCAAAGGACCUGCUGAACUGCCCGGUAUAUUUAUGUGUACUGUGAAAGAAGGCGGGAUUGCAGAUCAGGCUGGCUUGCAAGUUGGCGAUCAAAUUUUGGACAUGAACGGAACUAGCUUUCACGACUUAAAACUCAAUGAAGCUGUAGGUCUUAUGAAAUCUGUUAAGGACAUUCGCCUGACUGUCAAAAAAGGCGCAGGUAUUAGUCUAUUCUUAGACAAUGCUUCCACCUGCCAAUCAAAUGGAAACAACAAGAACGAAGAUUGCAUUUCGACUACAAGAAGUCUCAGCGACGGAAUGUCAACCACUCUAAAAGAACACGACUUUUCCGGCAGCUGUUCUUCGAAGUCUGAGGGUAGUUCCUUCCAGAGCAGCGUCUCCAGCGACUCUGAGAAAGACUACUCCAUCUCGGAGGAGAGUGCAUUUGAAGGCGUACCAAAGAACGGCAAGUGGUCAACCCAACACAAGAAGAACCCAUCUUCUGCCUCGACCAUCGAAGACGACACGUGGCUUCUGGAGGAGAAGAGGAGUCUGGAGGAAGAGAAAAGAAGACUGGAGGAAGAAAAGAAAAGGCUGGAAGAAGAGAAGCGGAAACUGGAACUGGAAAAGUCUUCUUCUUCCUCGUGUUCUUCUUCUUCUCAGUUGACGUCUCUGGAAGACACUUCUUUCAAAGAUAAUAGUUUCUUAAAUGAAUUGCAAAAGGUGGCGGCCAAGAUGAGCACGAAAGAGAACAAAGGUGAUGAGGUGCUCAGAAAUGGUGUCCCCAUCAAAACUACUCGUGCAGAAGUUUUUAAAGGCAAACGAUGCAAAGAAGAUGCCAUUAAAAGAAUGCAGCAUGAAAUGCUGAUGGAAGAAUUUCGAGCAGCUCAUCGAAAAAUGUUUGGUCAACAAACAGUAUUAGAUACAGAAGUGAAUGGGAAGGAGAAAGAUACAGAUAGUUUUGAUUCGAAAAUGUCUUUUAAGAACAAAUCAAAACCACCUCCUCCACCACCAAAAACUAAUGAAAAUAAUAAUAACAAAGAGUGCCAAAAGAUCACAGUCAAUGGUCAAGUUCCGGGCCUGCAAACCCAGACGCUGAACAAAUUCGAAAGGGUCGUCACAGUACAGGAUAAGCCAGUGGAAAAAGAAAUAGUCAAACCUCCUACUCCAACCAAUGGCUUCAGAGUCACGGUUACGGAUAGAUCCAGGCAGUUUGAAAAUGGCUGCAAUACUACUGCAGCUAAAAGCAAAACAGGGACUUUGGUUGAAGUCACCCCUUGGACAACCAGGCUCUAACUGUUAUCGUUUUUGAACUACUGUGCAAUACAAGAUGCUCAACAUUAUUUGCUGUAUUUCUAUGUCAAAAGUUUGAAAGCAUGGACGUCAUAGUCAAGCGAGGGGGAUUUUUGGACAUAUUUUUGAUGAGGUUUUUUAUUAAGAGUUUCAACAGUAUUCUAUUCUUUUUCAUGUACAUAUUUCAAUACCAAAGUAAAUCCAUUUCAUACCAGUAUUUAAAAAAUAUUUCUCCAAGUAUCUCAUGGAUAUACACCGAAGAGCCAUUACAUUAUGACCACACUGCUAAUAACAUGUAGGACCACCUUUAGCCCUCAAAACUGUUAG